CAGAGGAAACAUGAGUGGGUCGCACAAGUCAUGAAACUGGCUUGUAUUACUGGAGCACUAGCUGCCGAUAACUGUACCGUGUAUCUAUGUGUAGGAUCUUCCUUUACCUUCCCUCAGGCUGCUUCAACUUGGGCAUCAAAUGGCAUCAGUGUACGUAGCUUUUCUUUUUUUGGGGGACAUUUUCCCCUCUGACCAUCUUAUUAUUGUCGUAGCAAUCAUUAUUUCCCAGUUAGCGUCCUCAUCACACAUGCGUGUCCGGGCCAGUUUGACUUGCACUAAUCCGUUAAAGCCUCUCUAAAGUCCAUUAGGGUCCAGUAGACGACCUGUAAUCCUCGACAGGUAAUGAGUGUUUUCAUUCAGCUGCAGCCUCUUAAACACCGGGGCCUUUUAAAAUACCCACAAGUCAAUGGAGAGAUGAAGUGGUGGAAUUAGGAGGGAUACAUGACUCACUUUUAAAAAUAAGUAAUGACAAGAUAAACUGCUUAAAUGCCGGAUUAUUUGGCCUUAAACAUUACGACCACCAGCCUUGCUACUGUUCCAGUCUCCAAUGUGGUCAGUGGUUAGUUUAAUAGAUGUAACAGAAGAUGUACUGCUAGUUCUGAAAGUACGUAAGUGAAGACACUCACAACAGCACCGUAGUGCAGAUGUGUAGAUUUGUCUUGCCAUUUUUAUCGUUGGUUCAGGGAGUGGAGAAGUAACGGCACGACUUGUUCACUCCGGUUUCCUCAGUGUCUCUUUAAAUCCUAGUGUAGGAUGGCUGAAUAUCGCGAUACGUAUCGUGAGAUGGGUUUGUAGCUACAGCCCUAGCUUUGUCAUCAUAUGAUGAAAAAACAUGACGUGCUAUAAACAUUUUACCGAGGCAAAACAGAGAAGGGAAGCACCUGUUAAACAUCUGCGAAUCUUUGGAAAUGUACAUCGGAAUCUGGGUUUUAUCGUAAACAACUGAAUCUGGCUCCACGGCUCGUCUUCAGUUAGGCGGGAAAACAUGGGAUGUGACCCACCAGGUCCAACGAUUUUAAUGGCUCUACCACGGAACUUCUCAGGUGCUAGUUAAAAAUUAAUAAAGCGCUCUGGAGGAGGAAUGUGGAACAAUAAAGAAGGCGCUUUUGGAGGACGCCUGUGUUUACAGAAGAAGCCUCUCGCAGGUGCUAUACGAUCCCCAGGAUUACAGCGCAGGGGGACACAAACACACGGAGCGCCGCCAUCUCCCGGCCCCCUGAAAGAACAGAGGAGGGAGAUAAGAGAUCAGGGGGAGGAGAGGGAGGGAGAGGUAGGUGUGUGUGAACUCAGCAGCAGGAAGGCUAUCGCUGGCUUCCACUACAAAGAGCAGGGAGGAAUAUCUGCUGCGGUUCAUGAUGGUGGGGCUCUCAACGACCACGGUCCAGGCCAUGGAGGUGCUGGUGAGUGAGCUGGGAGUCCUGCUGAAGAUGCUGGACCAGGAGAACCUGAGCUCCUCCACGCAGGAGAAGAAGACCUCCGUGUGGAAUCUGCUGCAGCAGAUUGAGCCCUCAGUCUCCAGAACAGACUACAUCUACAUGAACUCCUCCGUGUACAGAAAUGGAACCAGCUUUGUGGAGUCCCUCUUCGAGACAUUCGAUUGUGAGAUCGGAGACUUAAAGGACGUGACUGAAGACAUGCAGCAAGACUUGAACUCCAAGAAAGAGGCUGCCAAAGAGGCAAGAGUCCUGCACGAAGCGCAGAAGGGUGAAGCCUCACCAGCUCCUCACGCACCGGACUCACCGCCUCCUCUGCCCACCACGCCUCCACCUGAGGACUACUACGAGGAGGCGGUGCCUCUCAGUCCCGGCAAGUUACCUGAAUACAUCAUUACCAGAGUCCGGUCCAGUCCUCCAAAUUCAAUCGAGGAUGGAUACGAGGAAGCAGAAACCAACUAUCCAGCCAACUGCGUCAAUUCCCGCCGCAAAAACUCAUACAACGAUUCUGACGCCCUGAGCAGCUCCUACGAGUCGUACGAAGAGGACGAGGAGGAGCGAAGCGCCGCCGCUCGCCUCACACAUCAGUGGCCGUCAGAUGAAAGCUCCAUGCCUCCGGUCAGGGACUGUCGUAUCUGUGCUUUCCUGCUGCGCAAGAAGCGUUUCGGCCAGUGGGCCAAGCAGCUCACUGUCAUCCGGGAGAACCGGCUGCAGUGCUACAAGAGCUCCAAGGACACGUGCCCCUACGUGGACCUGCUGCUGCCCCAGUGCACUGUGGUCUACGCUCCCAAAGACAGCAAGAGGAAGCACCACGAGCUUCGCUUCACCUUAGCAAAUGGAGAUGUCCUGGUCCUGGCUGUUCAGAGCAAAGAGCAGGCCUACAGAUGGCUGAGGGUCAUCAGAGAGGUGAAAGGUCAGUGCACUGCGCCAGAGGAGCCUUCGUCGCCCGUCGUGCCAAGGAAAACAGAGCUGGAUAAGAGACUGUCUGCCGAGAGAAACGCAUCUGACUCAGACGGCGUCGGCGUAUCGACGGCGGAGACGACGUGCAGGGAAAACGGGAAGGUGAAACGUGGGGCUUUCGCAGCUGGGCGGAAGAUCACUCGCAUCAUCAGCUUUUCUAAGAAGAAGCCCCCUCGUCCAGGGGAGUCCCGGACAACCUGCGCUGACCCCCGUCAAGGCUACCUGUCGGUCCUGGUGAACCAGGUGUGGCAGGAGCACUGGUGUUGCGUGUGCAGAGGCGUCCUGCACUUCUACCAUGACAGAGGAGACCCGCGGAGCUCCCUGACCCCGCUGCCCCUGCACGGCUGCGAGGUGAUCCCCGGGCUCGGACCCAAACAUCCCUUUGCCUUCCGGAUUCUGCAGUCCAGCUGUACAGUGGCUGCUCUGGAGGCGUCCAGCUCUGAUGAUCUCGGGAAAUGGCUUGGGGUCCUCCUGGCCGAGGCCGGCUCUGCGACCGGACCCGAGUCUCUCCAUUACGACUACGUUGACGUGGACACAAUUGCCAAUAUCCGCGACGCGGCGCGACAUUCCUUCCUAUGGGCUACAUCCUCCGGCGGGGUCAUCGCUGACUUCAGGACAUAUGACGAGGUUCCGAUGGAGGACACGCAGAAGUCUGGCAGUCAAGGGCGGCGCCGCUCCAGCUUCUCUAGCAGCGACUCCGACAAGACUAAACCGCUGGUCUCGCUCAAGAGGACGGGCUCUAAUGCCAACCAGUAUGGGAAGUAUGGGAAAACACGGGCGGAGGAGGAUGCCAAGCGAUACCUGAAGGAGCAAGAGGAGAUGGAAGGAGAGCGGGAUGGGAUUCGUAACGCGCUGCUGACUCUACGACAGGAAAAGAAGGAGCUGAAGGAGGAGUUAAAAAGCGCUUCGGAGCCCAGAAAGCUGGUUCUGAACCAGAGAGUGUCCCAGCUGGAAGAGGCUUGUCGGGCCAAGGAGGCAGAGAGGGUGGACCUGGAGCUGAGACUGACUCAUGUCAAAGAGAACCUCAAGAAAAGCUUGGCAGGUGGAGCUCUGGGUGCCCCGGUGGAGAAGGUGGCCCCAGUGAAGGGUUCGAGGAAGAAGACCCAGAACAUCUACAGCGAGUCUCUGCCGGUGAACUGUGCGUAUGAGAUGCAAAAGAGACCUCCUUCUGUGUACGCCUCGUCUUCAGGCACGGUCAUGCAGAAAGCCAAGGAAUGGGAGUCGAAGAAAGGAAGCUAAGAGAGGCAUCAAGGAAAUAAGACUUUAUGGCGGAUAAAAGUGCCACCAAGUGGAGAGCAGUGGUCCAUCAACUGUCAAACGCUUCACAGCUUGAACGCAUUUCUUAGUGUGAUGAUAAGAUUCAACCACUAGGUGGAGGUACAGCUUCUGUAUGGUCUCAUUUAAUGACGGCAGAAGAGGGCCGGGGGUCAUGAGAGAUUGGUGGAGGUAAGUCGAGACUUUAGGGUCAUGUUUUGUCAUUUGUACAUACAGAAGUGACUACUAUUGUUUUUAAUCGUUUGACCAACCUGAUCACUGCAUUCAGUUUUGGAGCCCAACUUUCUGCAGAGCACAAACUCACAAGUCAGUUCAAGUUCCAGCAUUUUAGAUUUCAGACAGGCGUGGUGACCUUUUGCACUUUAUGAGUCUCUAACAUGUGUAAGCAGGAAUCUUUUAUAAGGUGUUCAAUAUUUGACGCAAU